AAGCCGAAAGGAUUGAAAUUGUACCUGCUCAUUAAUUGAAAUGAUCUAAAAGAUAGUUAUAUGAACUAAUAGAUUAAAUAUAAUAAACUCUGACACAAGCAGAGAGAAAAAUAAGGAAAAGAGAAAGGUCUAUCGAACAGAUGACGUGUCUUAUCGGGUCUUUGCAGCUUCCUGGUCUAUGUAAACAGUGUGCAGCGCUCUUAUACAAAUCUAGAAAAUGUCGAAAGUAACGUUUAAAAUCACUCUGACGUCGGACCCUCGGUUACCUUAUAAAGUAUUAAGUGUGCCUGAGAGCACGCCGUUUACAGCAGUUUUAAAGUUUGCAGCAGAAGAGUUUAAAGUGCCUGCAGCCACCAGUGCCAUCAUUACAAACGAUGGCAUCGGAAUCAACCCCGCGCAGACAGCAGGAAAUGUGUUCCUGAAACACGGAUCAGAGCUUCGCAUCAUUCCCAGAGAUCGAGUUGGAGAAAGACACUGUCCAAGGAUGUGACUGGCCAGUGAAGUUCUGUCACUGUUCUGUGCAUUUAUUGUCCGGCCUUGUCAACUCUCACCUGCUCUAACAAACACUGAUGCAGUUACAAAUCUGUCAGAGUGCCUCAGAGAUCUUACAGUGCCCAACCUCCACCCACCAAAGGUCUAUGUUUGCAGGACAUAAAUGACAAAGAACAAUUAUUUUUGUGCCCCAGAAUUUAGAAAGACUAGAUACAACUCUGGUCUCUCACAACACUUUCCAUAUUUUCUAGUGACGUUUCAGACGGUCUAGUUGUUUAUGGUCAUUGUAUUCAUAACACACAUUUUCAAAAUCAAUUUAAUGUCUUAAAUGUGCCAAGUUUGCAUCAGAUUAUUUCAAAUACUGGUGAUAUAUAUAUCAUUACCACUUUAAUGUUUAUUUACCAGUGGUCGAAAUGUAUUUAAUGUAAGAUGAGGCAAAUUGGCUGAAAACAGUGGUUGUCAGAUAAUAAAAAUGUCAAUGUGAUGAAAUUCAUUACACUGCCAUUUUGUAGGCCCCUAAAUAUAUAAAAGUAGGGGUACACAAUAAAGCUCUAAAUAGGUUACAACACAAGCAUUUCACAAUAAACUUACUAUGGAAAACCCAUGUUUAGUGAAUUAACAUUAUCUUCCCAUAGGUAUUAAAAAUUGCAAUGUUGCAUAAAUCAAUUUGACGUCUCUGAUUGUCAUUUCUAAAAGUCCACAUUCGUAACUUCACAAGUCACUCAAGUCAGCAGUUCUUUUCUUGCAUUAAGGUUGAAAACCAUCGCUUACUGCAAAAUCUGAACAGAGCAUUAGACUGAUAAAGGACAGGCCUCUAUCCUAUGCACUUACACCCUGCAUUAGUACUAGGCAGUGGAGGAGGUUCUCACUAUUCUGUCGGAUUUCAUAAUGGAUCUUUCAUUUGUUUUAAUGAAAGAGCAGGCAUGCAGUGCCCUUUCCCUGCCACUUAUUACUGAGGAAAGGGGAGAAGUUCAUUAUAACAGCAAGGCCAACAUUAUUCAAACGCAGACAUGCUACUCUGGAUAACAUUUGAAAAGGCAUGGCUUGCCUCCAGCCUUAUUUGGCAGGAAAUUAGGCGGUUUGUUAAUUAGCCAUGGAGCAAUUUGUGCUUUUACAGAAACGAAUGAACUUGCUCACAUAAAUAAUUAUUUUUAAAUAAAUGUUAUUACAAAUACUCUUGUAGAUGUAUUUGCCUUGUGCUUUAAAAGAAGAAAGCUUUAAACACAAUGUCUGUUUUUGUACUUUCCAUUGUGCAAUUCAAGACCUUUUGAACUUUUUGAAUUGAA